GUAUUAGGCUGAGCUUUGGAGUGGCAUGUCCUCCGCCCCUCGGCAUGCCGGAGCAGGAACAGGAGUCGGAGCAGGACUCUGCUGAGUUGCCCGUCUUUGCUCUCGCUCAGAGUAGCCGGUGGUGUCCUCCCCUCUCAGCCUAUAUCCGGUCCUGUCGUAGCCUGGCCUGACCUGUCCUCUCGGUUAUCCGGACUAUUUACUCCACAUCUGUGUGCGUUUCUUUGGAGAAAUCCACGGACAGAAGGUGUCACGAGGAGCACCAGCGGACGGCCAGCCUCGGCACGGGAGUGCGUUAGUUUAGGGGACAUGGUUCUUGAUCCAAAGGAGUUUGGCAAGAUGUGGUUUCAAGCGGACAUAAGCAUCGACCAGACGGCUCGCGCGUGAUGAGCGAGACGUAGAGAGAAGUCAAGCGGAGACGGAGAGGAAAGCGUCGCAGCGCUGGAGGGAAACUGACAGACUCAGAGCAGUUCACUCCGCAGCUUUCCUCAAUGCGCCUUAUCGACCAGCCGGGAACAAUGAGCAGUGGCUCUAGCAACUUUCUGCUAGUCCCAAUACCAGAGUACCCUGUUCUAGACUGUGUACCUAAUAAAAACGUCAAAAUAGUCGUUCUCGGAGCGAGUAACGUCGGCAAAACAGCCUUGAUUGUAAGAUUCCUGACCAAGAGAUUCAUUGGAGAUUAUGAAGCGAACACAGGGGCCUUGUACUCAAGGAAGAUCAAUCUAGAUGGAGAGCAGGUUUCCUUACAAGUGCAAGACACUCCCUGUGUAUCACUGCAGGAUGAUGCAGAGGGUCUGUACUGCCAAGAGCAGAUCAACCGCUCCAUUUACUGGGCCGAUGGCUACGUCCUAGUCUUCUCUAUCACUGACCUUCACAGCUAUAGAACCAUCCAGCCUCUGUAUCAACAUGUGCGCCGCAUCCACCCCAGCGGAAACAUCCCCAUCAUUCUGGUGGGAAACAAGAGUGACCUGCUGCGGGCGAGGCAGGUGCCGGCCCAUGAGGGUGAGGCGCUGGCCGCUGAACUCGGGGGACCUUACUUUGAGGCUUCAGCCCGGGAAAACCAUGAGGGCGUGCACGCAGCUUUUCUGCACUUAUGCCAGGAGGUGAGUCGUGCACUGGGAGGAGGGAAUGGGGAGAAGAGGAGAGGAGGACUACACCUCGCUCGACCUAAGAGCCCUAACAUGCAGGAGCUGAAAAGAAGGUUCCGGCAAGUGCUGUCUUCUAAAGUGAAGUCAGCUACUGCGCUCUGAUGAAGAUGAAGAUGGUGAUUAAGGUGAAGAAAAGCCAAGGACUGCAUCAGGGAGCUGAUUCAGAGGCCUGUUCAGAUAUUACUGCCAUCGUCUGUACAGUUUUUGACUGAGGAGUCAAAAAGUCAAAGUUGGAUCAUUUUACUAAUAGUGGUACAUUGCAGUAGUGGCAUACAUGUACUGUUUGGAAUGUGUUGCUAACUUUCAGGACAUCCAAGACAUCCUUUCCCUGGCCACAUAAUGGGAUUAAAAGCAUUGUUUGUAACAAUGUUAUAAAUAAUGCUAUUUUUCAUAAUUAAUAAGAAUAAUGCAGGCCUGCACAAAAUGGCGUAUUGAAAUACUACAUAUUAACUUUAGUGAACUUUUUUUUUAUUGCUUGUUUGUUGGAUCACGCAAAUGCCUUGAUUCAUCAAACCAGUUGUCUGGCUUAUCUGAUAUUGUUUGGAAUACUCACAGAAUAAAAUAAAAAUAAAAAAAACAUUUUGUUGGUUAGUGUGA